AUAUAGUGAUCAGGUAAAUUGUCAUUAUGACACUCCAACAGUAAUAAAGAAUAUUACAACCAUUUUAAAACAGCAGAUUUAUCCUAAUCAACGAACCUCCCAGAAUACGUAAACAUACAAAGUCUGUUGUACUGACAAAUGCUUAGUUAGUAUAGUUCACUUACACUACAUUUUUAGUUAUUAAAAAUAACUGGAGGGAGUACUUGAUAAUUUACUUUAAAUAAAAUGUAAUUGUUACCGUGGUUGUGUUUUGUAUGCUGAAUGUUUAAGUCUCAAGUGUGACUCGAGCAUGAUCAAUUACAAAAUAUUAUCACAAAUAUGGAAGAAUUAUAUCAAUUCACUUUUAAAAGCAACCUGCUUGUUACAUCUUUCUUUGAAACCAAAGUUCCAAGUGCCCAACCAAAGGGAACACUGAUCCCCAUAAUAGUGAGUUCAAACUAAAACCUUUUAGGAAAAUCAACAUCUAUUUAUGAAGUCAAUUUAUGUGAUGUUCUCUCAAAUUUUUCAGUUGUGUUCAGGGUUUCCGCGGGGUCAUAAAAAGUCAUAAAUUUAACAAUAAGAAUUUAAGGCCAUAAAAAGUCAUAAAAACAUCCGGAUUUUCCAUACAAGGUCAUAAAAAACAUUUAGCCACGUCUUAAAUUGAUAUGCUCGUCCAUUAAUUUGUUCUUCCAUCAAAAUGCGCUCGUGGCGGCAAUGGCAUUCAUUUGUUUCGCCUGUUGUAGUUCUGUAUGAGGAAUCUGGGUGGUAUCACACUGGUAUCACAGCGUUCCAGAACUACAAGUUCCAUGCGGCAGCAUACAGACUUGUCGGAAGGGCGUUCACAGAAACCCGCGCGAACUCCGAACAAACUGUAUCAUACUGAGUCACUGCUUAGUUUAAUUGAAAUCAUCCUGGCUAUCACAAUGGGAAAAUGUACCUUUAACGAUCUAUGGCUUGAAGACUGUGCGUUUAGUAGCUGGCUCAAGCCCGUCGCUAACAAUCGGUAUCAAGCCCUAUUGCACUCUGUGUAAGAAGACGUUGGAGCUGUCUAGUUUAGGCAUAAAAGCCUUGAAGUCGCAUGCAAAGUCGGAAAAGCAUAUCGUUGCUGUAAAAGGCCUGAAGCGGGUGCAGGCGAUCCGUCAGUUUUGUUCGGCUCCGUCACUAACGUUACCCGGUCCAAGUACAGCGCGGGAUUCCGUUUCUGUCGCAUCCAGUGCCACACACAGUGGUUUCGGAUCAACCUCCACACUGAAAGCGGAGGUCCUGUGGGUGUUGAAUACUGUGACCAAACACCAGUCGUACAACGGGAACGAGGAUAUUGCCGAACUUUUCCGAACAAUGUUCCCAGACUCUGACAUAGCCAAAACAUUUACGUGCGGGAAAGAUAAGACCUCAUACAUCACCCGGUUUGGCUUGGCAGAUUAUAUUAAAAAAGACCUCAUCUCCAAGGUCUCGGGGCCUUAUGUUCUCAUGUUUGAUGAAAGCUUAAAUCACACAAGCAAGAAGAAACAGCUGGACAUACACGUUCGGUUCUGGAAUGACGACAAGGUGCAUUCCCGGUACCUGGGAUCACACUUCAUUGGCCAUUCCACGGCCCAGGAUUUGCUAAAGCACUUUAAAGAGUGUGUGCAGCAGCUGAAUCUCAGCAGGCUGGUCUCUGUAUCGAUGGAUGGGCCCAAUGUAAAUUUAAAGUUCUUUGAGCUUCUCCAAUCCGACUUAAAUGAAAUGUAUGGGGGUGCUCAGCUGGUGUCCGUGGGGAGCUGUGGGCUUCAUACUCUGCAUAAUGCUUUCAAGGCAGGUUUCUCCAUGUGGCAGGUGGAAAAGCUGUUAAGAGCAAUGCACAUACUCUUUAACAAUGUUCCAGCGAGGAGGGAAGACUACGUGACAGUCACAAAGUCAUCAGUGUUCCCGCUAUCAUUCUGUGGCCAUCGAUGGUUGGAGAACCUGCCUGUGGUAGAGAGAGCUCUGGAGGUCUGGCCUUCACUUCAGCUGUAUGUGGAUGCGGUGAAAAGAAAGGAGCUGCCAAACCCUGGUACAGGCUCGUAUGAUACAAUAGAGGCCGCUCAAAAGGAUCCCCUGAUCUUGGCAAAGUUGCAUUUUUUUGCGACCAUCGCCCGUACCUUUGACCCCUUCCUGAAGAGGUACCAGACGGAUGAGCCAGUAAUGCCAUUCCUUGCCAAAGACUUGGCUGAGUUGAUCAAGAGUAUACUGAGGCGGUUUGUGAAGCGAGAAGUCCUGCAGGACAUUACAAAACUACAGCUCACCAAGCUGGACUUGAGUGAGAAGAAGAACUUGCUCCUCCCACAGAAAAUUGACAUUGGCCUAGGUGCAGAUAAAGCCCUGAAGGACACUAAAAUAUCAGAUCUCAGAGUCCUUGAAUUUAGAAGGGACUGCGUGCAGGGGCUGACUAAUAUAGUCAGAAAAGUGCAGGAGAAGAGCCCACUCAAAUACGCCACUGUUAGGCAGAUGGCCUGUCUGGACCCCUCUAACAUGUUCAGAGACCCAGACAGGUGCAAGGAACAAAUGAAAUGUCUGGUGCAGACCUUUCUACAGGCAAAGCAGCUGGCAGGAGGUGUAUCUGCUGGGGAUGUCAUUCUACAACAGUUUGAGGCUCUCCUGACUCUUGAGUGUAGGAAUGAAGAGUUUCUCUCCUUCCAGCCAAUGGUAAAACGGCUGGACACCUUCUUGUGCGGCUGUUUAAGCCGUGCCUAUCCAGUGGCUUGGGCAUUUUGCCAGAAGCUGCUCCUCCUUUCUCAUGGACAAGCUUCAGUUGAAAGGGGGUUCUCUGUGAACAAGGAGGUUGAGACUGACAAUAUGCAGGAAGAGACAAUGAUUGCACAUAGACUUGUGUGUGAUUAUGUAGAUUUGCACGGUGGGGUGACCAAAGUUCCCCUCACAAAGGAACUGCUGGUAUCGGUGGGUGCAGCCAGGUCGAGGUACCGCAUUUUCCUUGAUCAGCAGCGUGCAAGGAAGGAGAGUGAAGCAGGGACACAGAAAAGAAAGCUGGCAGAGGAGUAUUUGACCGACCUUAAGAGAAAGAAAACCACUGUUCAAGAGGUUUCCACCUGUCUCGCCAGAGAGGCUGACAUGCUGGCAGAGGAAGCAGAGGGCAAAUCGGGUUCAAAGAUGGCCCAGCUCCUUUCAAAAUCAAACGCCCUCAGGCGGGCAAGCAAGGAGAAAUUGGCUGAGCUGAAAAAGGUUGAGGAGGAGAUCACCAUUAAAGGAGACGAACUGAGAAAAAUGUAGACAGACACUGACUGAUUGACUGACUGACUGACUGACUUGUUAUUUUGGAAAGUAAUGCCAUAAAAUAAUUGUUAAUUUACAAUGUUACUUCACAAUGUUACAAUUAAAUGUAGACACACUGACUGACUGACUUGUUAUUUUGGAAAGUAAUGCCAUAAAAUAAUUAAUUUACAAUGUUACAAUUGUUAAGUGUUCCUGUGUUCUUGAUACUCAAGAAAAAGAAGGCGAAGGCUUCAGUUUCUUAAUCUUAAGAAAUAAUAGAAUUACUCUUUAAAUAAUAAAACUUGUUACUUUCAAUGAAAGUCAAUAAUAAAGACUUUUGAAAGGAAUUUUAAUGACUGAAGUUAUUUAUUAUUUAUCGUAAUUCGUGUAGGUCAUAAAUUCAAAUCAUAAUGGUCAUAAAAAGGUCUUAAAAAGUCUUAAAUUUGACUGAUUAAACCCUGCAGAAA